AUGGAAAAGAAAUUCCAAAUAAAUGAUCAAGAGGGAUAUAAAAAAGGACAUCAAGAAGGAGAUGAGGAAAGAUAUUAAGAAGGAGAUGAUGAGAAAGGGCAUGAAGAAGGAGAUGAGGAAGGACAUUUACAAGUAGAUGAGGAAGUAAAUCAAGAAGAAUAUGAGGAAGGGCAUGAAGAAGGAAAUUAUUCAAAAAGCAAAGAAAAAGAAAUGAAUGAAGAGAAGACAAGUAUUUUGAUGAAUUUUGAAAAUUUAUAAGAUAAAAAUGGAAAAGUUAAUGAGUUUUAUUAGAUGAUAAAAAAACAGUAUUAUUAAUUAAUGGGUUAGCUGGAUCAGGUAAAAGUACGGCGGUUAAGAUAGAAGAAUUUACUAAUGAAAAAAUCAGUCAUGAAAUCUUAAUACCUAUUUAUAUUUCAUAACCUUCUUUAAAAAAUCCUGUGUUUUAAAGAGUUUUAAGAAGUAGAGGAAACACUUCAUCAAUAUGAGUAUGAUUUUGAUGAGCUUUAAUAGAAAUAAUGCAAAGAGAUGUUAAAAAAGAAAGAAUUCGAUGAUAUCCUGGAGAAAAGGAUAAAUUAAAACAAAUCGAGCUUCUAAAAUUUGAUUCGACAUAAAUAACGAAAUAUCUAGUGA